AUGGCUAGAAAAGAUGAUUAUGACCAACCUCAAUCUCUAUUUUCUUCAUUAAUUGAAAAUAUAUCACACAAUAGUAUUCAGCAAGUAUGGAAAGUAACUAGACAUCGUGGACAAAAAUCAGAACCACAAUAUGUUAUUCUUCUUAAUGAUAGUUCACAUUUAUGUACUUGUCUUUGGCUUAUUAAUAGAGGAAUUAUAUGCAGGCACUUUUUUCGGGGUCCUAAACAAAAGUAUGGAUUUGGUAUGGGAUAUGCUAAAAAAGCUCUUGAUUUGGCUAUUCGAACUGAUAAAGUUGAUGAAUUUGUUAAUCAAGUAAAAUGUUUUAUUGAAAAUACAAAAGUAGAAUUAUCCGAACAUCAGGAAAAUAUAGUUUCUAUGCAUAUUGGUGAUCCAUUAAGAGUACAACAUAAAGGUAGACAACCUAAUAGGUACAGAUCAUGUGGUGAACCCCAAAAAAAGAAAGCAAGGCAUAUGCGAAAUAUAACUAAUAUCAUUAAUAAUGAAAAUGAAGAGAGAGUUGUAGCAACUCAAGCUGGUAAAACAAGAGAAAGACAUUGUAAAAAAUGCCAUCAAACUGGUCAUUAUGCCCCACAAUGUCCAAAUGUUUAA